CUUGCUGUAGCCUUUUAGCUUCCUUAAAGUAGAUUUUCUCUCACCAUAAUCUUUCACAGAACCCACCGUCCCACAUUCUAUGUACAUAUAUACAAAAGACGAUUGUAUCGCAUAUUUUCGUGACUCUCGAGAGUAUUGUACAAUACGAUCAACCCCAUAUUUAUAGAAUUGCUUUGCUGGUGUUUUUGAGUUUUUACACGUACCCAUUUGAGGGAGAGGGAUUUCGACGAAAUGGGGAGUGACUGUUCUUCGGUUGUUGCAGAGGAAUUGCAUGUUCUUGCUGUUGAUGAUAGCCUUGUGGAUCGGAAGGUCAUUGAGCGGUUAUUAAAGAUUUCGAGCUGCAAAGUUACUGCUGUGGAAAGUGGGAGGAGGGCUCUGCAGUAUCUGGGAUUGGAUGGAGAGAAAAGCUCUGUUGGAUUUGAUGGAUUGAAGGUGAAUCUGAUAAUGACAGACUAUUCAAUGCCCGGGAUGACAGGAUAUGAACUUCUCAAAAAGAUAAAGAGCUCAUCGAAUUUACGGGAAAUACCUGUGGUGAUUAUGUCGUCCGAGAAAGUUUUGGCUCGUAUAGAUAGGUGUUUGGAGGAAGGGGCUCAAGAGUUCCUUGUAAAGCCAGUGAACCUCUCAGACGUGAAGCGUUUGAGAGACAUCAUAUUACAAGGGUACGAGAAUGAUGAAGAUAAAGGAUACCAAAAGAGAAAACUGCAAGAUUUGUCGCCAACAUCCUCUCUUGCUCGUGAUCUCACUCCAUUAAAAUCUGCAUCAGCAUCAGCAUCAGCACAACAGUCUUGUCUGAAGCGUCCAAGACUAUAGAACACAGAUUAACUAGCCAUAGUUUUAACCACAGCUUGCGUUUUUGUUUCCUAGCCAUACCUGAUGAAUUAGUGGUGAUCACACCUUCUGUUUCUGAGCUUAUAGCUUCAAUUAUAUAUGCUAACUUGAAGACACCAUUUUGAUACCCAAAAUUUAGGCUCAGGGUGAGAAAUUGGUUG